AAUGAGGUGAGAGAGCUCUCCCAAAACAGUAGCUUUUUGCAUAGUCAUAAAUGUUUAUGGAGCAACUUUUAUGACCCUGCUGAACACAUCAGAGCUCUAAAGAUUGGAUGUGCCUGUAAACUAAUGAAAAACUAAAUCUGACAUUUCCACAAUCUGAUGGUACUAUUCUAUUAACAGACAAACCAUAUUUUCCUAUUCCUGUUCCUAUAAUAACUUUGAUAUGAGCUUCUGUUCUUGUUCUUUGUGGUGACUUUGAAAGGCAGUACAUGACAUGUUGUUAUGGUGUAUGUAUAUGGCAUAGCAACCACGUGAACAGGCUAAUUGUGCAUGGGCCAAGUGUAGUCAAAUGAGAUUAGGUAGCUAGUAAUAGAGCCCCACAGUAGGUGUCAUAAUACCCAUAAAACCUAGUGGUCAAACAGGGAAAUGGUUCCAAUCGUUGUUCCACCAUUCAUUAUUCCCAUAGGGAAUUUUAGAAACACUUCAAAUAAUGGCUAGGCUUACUCUGGCAUGAUGUUUUGAUAACUAUGUAAAUCACUCUCACAAGGUGCCUUGUAUCAAUAUAUUCAACUCAUUUACUCUCUGAUUAAAAAAUGCUAAUUAGCAUCAAAGUAGACAUCAUGCAAGACUACAAAUCCCUGCAAGCUCCUGCACGUCAUCUCUAGCUGACACCUUUGCUAACAGGUAUUGUGUCAAUUUAAAACUUGCACAAGACAGUUCAAAGAAAUGUCAGUUUAAAGAGAUGUUAUUUAUUCAUUACUAAUUGUUACUAAAUUAAGCUAACAUUAUAUGUUAAUCCAGAGAUUCUUACCUUUGCCUUAAUUCGGCUGUCUCGUCCAAAUCAUCAUGGCAUUUGUAGUUCUUUAUGAUAGCCACAUAAUCAGCUAAUUAGCAUUUAAUUUUUUGGGGGGUAGAUACAGGCGACUGUUUGGAUAAGUCACCUUGUCCUAGAGAGAGUUACAUGGUUAUCAAAACGUCACGCCAGGUAUAUCCCAUAUGGGUAAAAAAUGUAUGGUGGAAAACGAUGGAACCAUUUCCUUGUUUGGCCGCUAGGUUUUAUGGGUAUUAUGACUCAUGCUGUGGUAAUCUAACCUGAGAUAUUUUUGUUGAGUUUUUUGGUAUAACUAUGCUUGUCUCACUUAUAAUCAGCAGAUGGCACUGUUGUCAAGAACGUCAGCACAAACGCCAGUGAGCCAAGCGUCCAAAUGAUAGGCUGGCUAUAUGUUUUAGUCCUACAGUCCUAGGGUAUAUAAUAUUGUGCACGUGCUGGGCCAUGGCAGACUCAACCAAGUGAGAUAAAAAUUUGCACAGGUAAAUGGGACCCCCCCCCCCACACAAAAAAGUGUAUUUAUGUGUACACAAAUAGCAUACACAAGAUGUGAUGAGUUGUAAUAUAUUUAUUACACGUUAUUACAAUAAUUUGUUGCAGAUUUGAGUUUACAUGUAGUCUUGUUCACGUAUUGAGAAGGAAGAGUAGCUAGAGCACAUGGGCUGUAUAGUUUGAUGGGAUGGCACGCCCUUAGAAUCACAUGACAGGUGAUUGGUGGAGAGGCUUUAUGAUGAACACAUUUAUGGCAUUGGCAGCGCGAAGGCACAGUCGGUCAAGGCGCGGAGCAUCCCAUCGCUGAAGACACCACUUACAGUGCCAAGGACGUUUUUUAAAUCCAAGGUGGUCGAUAGUGUAUUUUGCAAGUUGCAGGGGAGGAAUACGCGCUGGAGAGCAAGUCUCCGAAGUCGAGGAUAUUAUAGGACACUAAGCAUAGAGGCUGAUGCAGUAGUCUGUCGCCAUGGCCUCAGAUGCAAGUCACAUGUUGGAGGCGGCCUUGGAGCAAAUGGAUGACAUCAUCGCAGGCUCCAAGGCUGCAGCCGAGUACACCAACGGCCUGUUUGAGCUGGGCUCCCCAGGUAGUGCAGGGCCCGUGCAGGUGCUGCAGCUGGUUGAGGACCUGAGGCUGGCCCUGGAGCUGCAGCCCAGAGAGGAGGAGAGGAACACCCUGAGGGCCCAGGUCCCCAGCAGCACUGCUCACAUGCUCAUGGACUGGCUGGACAUGGACAGGGGCUCAGACAGGGGCUCGGUUAACCUUCGCUCCCCGGUGAACAAUGAGAGCUAUCAGGAGCGUCUGGUUCGCCUAGAGGGGGACAAAGAGUCUCUGGUUCUCCAGGUGAGCGUGCUCACAGACCAGGUGGAGGCCCAGGGAGAGAAGAUCCGAGACCUGGAGACCUCUCUGGAGGAGCACUACCACAAACUCAACUCCACUGAGGAAAUGCUACAGCAGGAGCUGCUGAGCCGGAACUCGUUGGAGACCCAGAAACUAGAUCUGAUGGAUGAGGUUUCCUACCUGAAACUGAAGCUGGUCGGCAUGGACGAGGAACAGAACCACAACGGCAGCAGCAAGGACCAGCAGAACAAAGCUGAGGGCUUACUGCAAGAACUCAGGCUCCUCAAGAGUAAAGUGGAUGUGCUGGAGGGGGAGAAAUCGCAGUAUGAGAGAAAACUAAAGGCCACGAAGGUGAAGAUAGCAGACUUACAGCAGAUACUGGCUUCCAAAGACUCUGAGAUCGACGGCCUUCAGAGCCAGCUGGUCUCCAGAGGCCCAAUGACCAAUGAGAAUCCAGAGAGAGUGGAGGUCUUUAGGAGACUGCUGACAGACCAAUACCAAGAAUUCCAAAGGUUGAAAAUGGGGAUGGAGUCUUUGUUAGCGGCAAAUGAUGAGAAAGACCGUCACAUAGAGGAGCUCACUGUUCUCCUGAGACAGUACAGGAAGAUGAAGGAGGUGAUGGCCCUCGCACAAGUGUCCAGUGAGAAGCUCCUUGUUGGGAGCAGUGAGGAGGAACUGAGCGGGAGUCUGAAGAUGAGAGCUCUCACACAUAAAGCUCAUUCAGACAUCAUCCGUUCAGAGAUGUCUUCCAGGUGCUCCUCUCCUCUGUUAAGGUCUUCCUCAUCCUUCCAGAAAGAGCUGACCUCUAGUAUCCAGACCUCCCUGGAGACGUCCAUGGUGAUGGUCUCCCCGAGCGAUGCUGGCUGCUUCCACAACGGACAAUGGUCCCAACCACAGAUGCUUUCAAGCAGCCUGGAGGAGUUACAAAGCGGAUCGUUACCAAAGAAUCGGCACAUGGAAAUGAACAAAUAUCAGACCCUACCAGGGAAGCUAUCUCGACCGGACUUGAAUGAGGAUCAAGAGCAGUGUGCCACACCAGUCCAGCUCUCCCCUGACGAUAGCGAGGACAGUGAGUUGAACCUAAGAAAGUCGGAGAGACUGGAUGAGUCCACGCAGUCGGACCUGUCCCCCCUCUCGUCUGGAGUGGACUCAGGAAAGCAGUCUCCUGUCUCCCCAGAGAACAAGAAGAACCACCUGGGCAUCAAGAAACUCUGGGGGAAGAUUCGGAGGACCCAGUCUGGCACCCUGCAGAGAGAGGACCUUGAGCCUGGAGAGUUUAAGAGGGGGGGACUGAGAGCCACCGCCAGCCCUCGUCUGGCCCGGACUGGAGAGACGUUGACCUCUGUGUGGGAUUUGAAGACACCCUUCUCCAAGUGGACUCCGGAGCAGGUCUGUUGCUGGCUAGAGGAGACUGGGCUGGACCAGUAUGUGAUUCUGGCCCGACAUUGGGCCAACAGUGGGCAGACCCUCCUCUCCGCCUCACCACAGGACUUAGAGAAGGAAAUGGGGAUUAAGAAUCCACUGCACAGGAAGAAGUUGCAGUUGGCCCUCAAGUCCUUCAGCACCAAAAUGACUGAGAAAUCCUCUGAACUGGACCACAUAUGGGUCACACGUUGGCUUGAUGACAUUGGUUUACCUCAAUACAAGGGUCAGUUUCACGAGGGAAGAGUGGACGGCAGAAUGAUUCAGUACUUGACAGUGAAUGACCUCUUGUUCCUGAAAGUGACCAGUCAGCUCCAUCAUCUCAGUGUGAAGUGUGCUAUCCACGUCCUCCACGUCAACAAGUUCAACCCCAACUGCCUAAAGAGAAGACCUGGAGAUGAGAACAAGACUUCUCCCUCGGAGGUGGUUCAGUGGUCUAACCACAGGGUGAUGGAGUGGCUUCGUUCAGUGGACCUGGCGGAAUACGCACCCAACCUGAGGGGCAGCGGGGUGCACGGUGGCCUCAUCAUUCUGGAGCCUCGUUUUAACUCAGAUACCCUGGCCAUGCUGCUGAACAUCCCCCCUCAGAAGACCCUGCUGCGACGUCACCUGGCCACCAACUUCAACAUGCUGGUGGGCUCCCAGGCUCAGCAGGAGAAGAGGGAGUUCAUGGAGUCUUUGGGCUACGCUCCGCUCAGCACUACAGCCAAAGUCAGGCCAAAGAAGUUGGGCUUCUCAAACUUCGGCCACCUAAGGAAGAAGAGGUGUGACGAGUCAACAGACUACAUUUGCCCCCUGGAGGCGGCCCAGGUCCAGGCGGUGCUGAACGGGGCCCACCGGCCCUACUCCGGCUUCAGGGGCCUCAGCCCCAUCCUAGACAGAGACCCAGACAGACGGGAGCAGGUGGGGCCAAACAGCUGAUGAUGUCAAACUACUGUACCUACCUACCCAUCACUACUCAGCUUGCAGCCAAUAACCCCAUCUCUUCCUGCCAUGCCUAUCCAACCCACCCCAGCACACCCACCUCCACACCCCUCACGUGCCAUCAUCUAACAAUCAACCCCAGCCGCAGGCAUGAGCUGCACUCUGGACACUUAAGAGUGGAUGGUGAGUGGGAGAGCUCACCGCUCCUAUGUUCUCGGUGGAUUCACAAGCCUAGUGUUCAGCUGUGAUCUAUCACCUCACCCCUUUAAUGCAGUAGGAUAAUGCUACUAUUGUAAACAAUAUUGUGCAUCAUUUUAAUUAUCAUUUUAACACCUGUAUUUGAGAUUCACAUAAUGGUAUUCAUCCAUUGUUUUUAAAUAUAUUCCUAACCAGUAGAAAGUAAUGUUGCUGUUUGUCAGACAGUUAUGGAAUGAACUUGUGCAAUAUUUGCAUAUGGAGGAAUGCAUUUCAUAUAUUUAUGUUGUUAAAUAAAUUGAAAGAAGUACAAUGAGAUUUUAUAGCUCUGCACAUUUUGAUGGAUUCCAGAUUGUGAUUACGCACUGUUAUUUUCAUAUAUGACUGUUAUAAUAUUUUUAUAGUUAAAGAUAACGCUUCAAUCAAAGAAUCCCUCGUUGUCAUUCAUUGUAAAUAGCAUUAUCCAAAUCCAUCAAUAAAGAUUGUAAGUGUGA